CCCGGAAAGGCACCUUCACCACCAUGCAACCAUGCGCCGACGACGCCGCUGAUGAUCCCGACAAUCUCAGCUUCACUUCCACCACCACCAUUAACAAUGCCCAAGAACUGAAACGUAGUACAAGUUCAGGCUCAGAAACCACAACAUGGACAAGUUCAACCACAACCACAACCACAAUCUCAAGCGUCACCUCCUCCUCCACCACAGCCGCCAAACACCAGCACGCGCAGCCAUGCAAAGACCCGUGCUGGCAUGCAAUCCACCGCGCGACCUCCACAAACCCUAAUGCACUCACGUUAAGCGACCUCCGCUUCGUCCACCGCCUCGGCAGCGGCGACAUCGGCAGCGUUUAUCUCGUGGAGCUGAAGCACGCCGCCACCGGCUGCCUGUUCGCUGCCAAAGUGAUGGACAAGAAGGAGCUCGUGGGCCGAAACAAAGAGAGUCGGGCGAGAAUAGAAAGGGAAAUAUUGGAAAUGAUCGAUCAUCCUUUCUUGCCAACUUUGUAUGCCACGUUGGAUUGUCCAAGGUGGUCGUGUCUGUUGACCGAGUUCUGUCCCGGCGGUGAUCUUCAUGUCCUCCGACAACGGCAGCCGGAGAAAAGAUUCUCAGAAUCCGCAGUCAGGUUCUAUGCAUCAGAAGUGGUUGUUGCUCUAGAGUACCUACACAUGAUGGGGAUAAUCUACCGAGAUCUGAAGCCCGAGAACGUCCUGGUAAGAUCUGACGGUCACAUCAUGUUGACAGACUUUGAUCUCUCUUUAAAAAGUGAAGACUCAACAUCAACGGCUCAGGUCGUCUCUGAUCAAAACCCACCAGUCAACAAUCAACCGUCUAAUUACCCUGUUGAUCCACCUCAAUUUGGCAAUUCAUCAUGCAUCAUACCCAAUUGUAUGGUGCCAGUUGUCUCAUGCUUUCACCCGAGACGUAAUAAACGUAAUAAAAGAUUAAGAAACCGUGGAAGCCUCGAGAUAAUCGCUGAGCCGCUUGAUGUAAGAUCAAUGUCUUUCGUUGGGACUCAUGAGUACUUGGCCCCAGAGAUCGUAUCAGGUGAGGGUCACGGUAACGCAGUGGAUUGGUGGACUUUAGGGAUAUUCAUAUUCGAAAUGUUCUACGGAACGACACCAUUUAAGGCUAUUGACCAUGAGUUAACCUUGGCUAACACUGUGGCUCGAGCCCUCGAGUUCCCUAAGGAACCAUCCGUGCCCGGACCUGCUAAGGACUUGAUUACACAACUUCUUGUGAAGGACCCAACCAAGCGAAUGGGUUCGACGAUGGGGGCUGCAUCCAUUAAGCAUCAUCAAUUUUUCAAUGGUGUCAAUUGGGCAUUGUUGAGAUGUACAAAACCGCCGUACAUCCCUCGGCCAGUUAUGUGUCGAGAUAUUGUUGCCGUUGAUAGUAGUACUGAUAAUUCUGUCGAGUAUUACUAGCACGAAGAAAUUUCAAAUUCGAUAGCAAUACUUUUUAGAUUA